AUGGCAAGUUUUUUGGCAGGGCAAGACAAUAAGCGACUAUCUUUAAUUCCCCAAACAGUGCACUUUGUGGUCUAGAUUUCUCCCCACUCAUGACAGCGACUCGCGAUCCAGUUUUCACAUCCACCAAGUUUGUUGACCCAACACCAGCACCAAAGUCAGUUCCUCCAGUAGAGGAAAUCGGUCUGACAUCAGCUCCUCUUAAGAGUGCAUCCUUCUUCAUUGGACAAUAUUGCAAAGACUACAAUGCUGACUUUAUGCUCUGUAAGAACGAGAACAAUGAUCCCGAGCAUUGUUUAAAGGAGGGCAGAAAGGUCACCAGAUGUGCAUUAGAUCUUAUCAAGAAGCUUCGUGAAAACUGCGAUGCCGAAUUUGAAAAGCACUGGAAGUGCUUGGAUGUCAAGAACCAGGAUUAUUAUCAAUGCCGCAAGGAAGAACGCCAGUUCAAUUCGUGUGUUUUUGAGAAAUUGGGAUUGCAAAAGAACAUCCCAGGAUCACCAGAAGGUCAACCACAAAUUAACGAAAAGCGUAACCCCAUCAUGAAACCUCACCAAAAGUAGACAAAUAAUAAAAGCGGCGUAGAAUGUCUUUUUUCCAUACCGAAUCUAUUAAAAGCAAUGCAAAGAGCAAGCGGAAUUUUAUUACAUGAAGUGGGAACAAAUAAGCUACUAUAGGUAUUGCAGUGUGUGAUCAAAGGCGAAAUGGCCACUAGAGCGAAAGGAUGAAAUAUAUACAAAUGAAUGGCUACAGCCCAAGUUCAAUACGAUGGCGAGGACGGAAUAUCAUCGGCGUCUUUAGUACUAUACGCAUGCAACGCGUGUUGU